AUGGUCUGCAGGGAGCAGUUAUCGAAGAAUCAGGUCAAGUGGGGGUUUGCUGGCAUUACCUGUGUUUCUGUAGUGGUCAUUGCCGCGAUAGUUCUUGCCAUCGCCUUGCGGCGGCCAGGCUGUGAGCUGGAGGCCUGCAGCCCCGAGGCCGACAUGCUGGAUUACCUGCUGAGCCUGGGCCAGAUCAGCUGCCGAGAUGCCCUGGAGGUCACCUGGUACCACGCAGCCAACAGCAAGAAAGCCGUGACAGCUGCCCUGAACAGCAACAUCACAGUCCUGGAGGCUGACGUCAAUGUAGAAGGGCUCGGCACAGCUGACGAGACAGGAGCUCCCAUCGUGGCACACCCUCCGGCUAUCUACAGUGAUGACGCACUGGAGCAGUGGCUGGAUGGUGUGCUGGGCUCUUCCCAGAAGGGCAUCAAACUGGACUUCAAGAACAUCAAGGCCAUGGGCCCCUCCCUGGACCUCCUGUGGUGGCUGACAGAGUGGGGCAAAGUCCGGCGGCCCAUGUGGAUCAACGCUGACAUCUUAAAGGGCCCCGACAAGCCCAUCUCAGCUGAGGUCAGUGCCACACAGUUCCUGGCCCUGGUCCAGGAGAAGUAUCCCAAGGCCACCCUGUCUCCAGGCUGGACCACCCUCUACGUGCCCAUGUUCCCAAACAGGACGUACACCCGAGCCAUGGUGGAGAAGAUGCACGAGCUGGUGGGAGUGGUGCUCCAGAGGGUCACCUUCCCUGUGCGGUCUUCCACAGUGCGGGCCGCCCAGCCCCACUCCAGCUGGCUGCUGAGCCAAUCUGAGAGGUACAGCCUGACGCUAUGGCAGGCUGCCUCGGACCCCAUGUUGGCAGAGGAUCUGCCCUACGUCCAGGAUAACACUGCUGUCCACCACGUCUACUGUGACAUCUUUGAGCCUUUCCUGUUGCAGUUCAAGCAGCUGGCCUCUACUUGGCAGGUGAAUGCCACAUGGAAACAAAUGUACUACACGGGAGGCAGCCUGAUCCCUCUUCUCCAGCUGUUCGAGGGUGAUCGUCUUCUCAAUGCUGCCAGGGGUACGGCAAUGGUAACCCUCCCAGACACAGAAGGCAUGAUCCUGCUGGACACUGGCCUCAAGGGAACUGUGGCUGAGAACCCCGUGCCCACUGUUUGUGCUCCAAGUAGCAGCAUCCUGAGGUUGGAGUCCUGCCUGCAGCAGCUGGCCACACAUCCCAGACACUGGAGCGUCCAUUUGCAAAUAGUGGAGCCCGCAGCCCUCUGGCCGUCCCUGGCCUUGCUGGCAUCCCUGUCCAGCCUUGGCCUCUUGCAUCGGCCUGUGUGGAUGGGGGCCAACAUCUCCCACGGGAGUUUUUCAGUCCCUGGCCACAUGGCUGGCAGAGAGCUGCUUACAGCUGUGGCUGAGGUCUUCCCCCAUGUGACUGUGGCACCAGGCUGGACUCAGGAGGUGCUGGGCAGUGGCUACAGGGAACAGCUGCUCACAGAUAUGCUAGAGCUGUGCCAGGGGCUCAGCUUCCAGAUGCAGGCCAGGCCACGGGGCCACAGCACGCCUGGAGCUGUUGCCAGGCUGCUGGCAUCCUCCCCUGGGGCUACUGUCACAGUGGAGCACAGCCCAGCUGGGGGCAACUAUGCCUGUGAGAGGACAGCGCUGCUGGGAGCCAGGGCUGUAGACAGAACCCGAAUCUACUACAGGCUGCCCCAGGGGUACCACAAGGACUUGCUGGCCGGUGUUUGCAGAAACUGAGCACCCAGGGGUGGUGGGCCAGCAGACCCCAGGGUGGAGUCUUCCCAUG